UUGAAAGCAAAAGCAACCAAUUAGAAUGAUAAAGAAAUAUUCUUUACUUAGUUCACUAGGGAUUGACUCAACACUCCCCCCUCCCCUCAAGUCUUCGUGUGUUGUGUAAAUAAAUUUGGUUGUCCUUCAGUUUCUGGCACUACUACUGGGUAGUUUUAUUUUUGCAUAACUUCAGGAGGUAUUCCAGUUGGUGAUUAGCAUUUGAACGUCGAACUGCACUUGGAAUUUGGCUACAUGGGAAAGACAAUUCAGGUUUAUGGAUUCCCUGAUCUUCUGUCUGCAGAAGUGGUCAAAUCAUUCUUAGAGAAACAUACAGGAUAUGGAACUGUAUGUGCAUUGGAGGUUAAACAGUCCAAAGGAGGAUCUAGAGCAUUUGCCAAAGUUCAAUUUGUCGACAACAUUAGUGCUGACAAAAUCAUCAAUUUGGCUAGUAAGAGGCUGUAUUUUGGCUCUUCUUAUUUGAAGGCUUGGGAAAUGAAAACUGAUAUUGUCCAAUUGCGGGCGUAUGUGGAUCACAUGGAUGGCAUAACUUUGAAUUUCGGAUGUCAGAUAUCAGAUGACAAGUUUGCAGUGUUGGGAAGUACAGAAGUUUCAAUUAAAUUUGGCAUUGGAUUGAAGAAAUUUUUUUUCUUUUUAUCUAGUGGUUCAGCUGAUUAUAAACUUCAGCUUUCAUAUGAAAAUAUAUGGCAGGUUGUGCUCCAUCGUCCAUAUGGUCAAAAUGCUCAGUUUCUCCUCAUACAGUUAUUUGGUGCUCCUCGGAUCUAUAAGAGACUUGAAAACUCCUGUUAUAGCUUCUUUAAGGAAACUCCUGAUGAUCAGUGGGUGAGGACGACAGAUUUCGCUCCAUCUUGGAUAGGGCUGUCUUCUAGCUUAUGUUUGCAGUUCCGUAGGGGUGUUCAUCUUCCAAAUUUCCAGGAAAGUUUUUUUCACUAUGCAGAACGUGAAAACAAUAUUACUUUACAGACUGGUUUCACCUUUUUCGUCUCUCAAAAAUCGGCUCUGGUUCCCAAUGUCCAGCCUCCGGAAGGAAUUGCAAUUCCCUACAAGAUAUUGUUCAAAAUUAGUUCUUUGGUACAGCAUGGAUGCAUUCCUGGGCCAGCAUUAAAUGUCAACUUUUUCCGAUUAGUUGAUCCUCAAAGGAGAAAUGUUGCAUGCAUUGAGCAAGCCUUAGAGAAACUGUACUAUUUGAAGGAGUGCUGUUAUGAUCCAGUGAGGUGGCUGACUGAGCAGUAUGAUGGGUAUCUCAAGGGUAGACAACCUCCAAAAUCUCCGUCCAUCAAUUUAGAUGAUGGGUUAGUGUAUGUAAGAAGGGUCCUAGUAACACCAUGCAAAGUUUAUUUUUGUGGUCCAGAGGUUAAUGUUUCCAAUCGGGUUCUCCGCAAUUAUUCUGAAGACAUAGAUAACUUUCUUCGUGUUUCUUUUGUUGAUGAGGAGUGGGAGAAACUGUAUUCUACAGACUUAUUACCAAAAGCAAGUACUGGAAAUGGUAUCAGGACAAACAUCUAUGUGAGGAUCCUAUCAACUCUGCAGAAAGGCUUUGUAAUUGGUGAUAAAAAAUUUGAAUUUCUUGCAUUUUCAUCGAGCCAGUUGCGGGAUAAUUCAGUGUGGAUGUUUGCAUCAAGACCUGGCCUUACUGCAAUUGAUAUAAGAACUUGGAUGGGUGAUUUUUCGCAGAUCAAGAAUGUGGCAAAAUAUGCUGCCAGACUUGGUCAAUCUUUUGGUUCCUCCAAAGAGACUUUGAGUGUUCUUAGGCAUGAGAUUGAAAUUAUUCCUGACGUAAAGGUUCAUGGAACCAGCUAUGUCUUUUCUGAUGGAAUUGGUAAAAUAUCUGCUGACUUUGCUCGUAGAGUUGCCUCAAAAUGUGGCCUUCAAUAUACACCAUCUGCUUUUCAGAUUCGUUAUGGUGGAUAUAAAGGUGUUGUGGCUGUUGAUCCAUAUUCAUCAAUGAAGUUAUCUUUGAGAAAGAGCAUGUCGAAAUAUGAAUCAGACAACAAUAAGUUAGAUGUCCUUGAGUGGAGCAAAUAUCAGCCUUGUUUUCUUAAUCGUCAACUGGUUACUCUCUUGUCUACACUUGGAGUGAAAGAUGAUGUUCUCGAACAGAAGCAAAAGGAAGCUGUAGAUCAGCUUGAUGCUAUCUUGCAUGAUUCUUUGAAGGCACAGGAGGCUUUGGAAUUGAUGUCUCCUGGAGAAAACACUAAUAUUCUCAAGGCAAUGCUAAAUUGUGGUUAUAUGCCUGAUGCUGAGCCCUUUCUUUCAAUGAUGCUGCAAACCUUCCGCGCAUCGAAGUUGCUCGAUUUGCGGACUAGAUCAAGAAUAUUUAUUCCAAAUGGAAGAGCAAUGAUGGGAUGUUUGGAUGAAUCCAGAACCUUGGAAUAUGGUCAGGUGUUUGUUCAGUUUACUGGUUCUGGACAUAGAGAAUUUUCUGAGGAUUUACAUCCAUUUAAUAACAGCAGAUCCACCAACUGUAAUUUCAUUCUCAAGGGAAAUGUGGUUGUUGCAAAAAAUCCAUGCUUGCAUCCUGGUGAUAUUCGUGUUUUAAGGGCUGUAGAUGUUCCAGCGCUGCACCACAUGGUAGAUUGUGUUGUAUUCCCCCAGAAAGGAAAAAGACCUCAUCCGAAUGAAUGUUCUGGGAGUGAUUUGGAUGGAGAUAUCUACUUUGUUUGCUGGGAUCAAGACAUGAUUCCGCCAAGGCAAGUCCAAGCGAUGGAAUAUCCUCCAGCACCCAGCAUACAGUUGGAUCAUGAUGUCACAAUUGAGAGGGGGGAUUGGCCAGUAUGUGCAACAACAGUGCAAGUACUGAGGAACUCCUUUUCACCUGUCUGCCUACUGCAGGAAGUUGAAGAGUACUUCACCAACUAUAUUGUGAAUGACAGUUUGGGAAUCAUAGCAAAUGCCCAUGUCGUAUUUGCAGACAGAGAACCUGAUAUGGCCAUGAGUGAUCCAUGCAAAAAACUUGCUGAGCUCUUUUCAAUUGCAGUGGACUUUCCAAAGACUGGUGUUCCUGCUGAAAUACCAUCUCAGUUGCGCCCUAAAGAAUACCCAGACUUCAUGGAUAAGCCGCCAGACAAGACAACCUAUAUCUCAGAAAGAGUUAUUGGAAAGCUUUACAGGAAAGUGAAGGACAAAGCUCCUCAGGCUAGCUCUACUGCGAUAUUCACAAGGGAUGUUGCAAGGAGAUCAUAUGAUGCUGAUUUGGAAGUUGAUGGAUUUGAAGAUUACAUUGACGAAGCUUUUGACUACAAAACUGAAUAUGACAACAAGCUGGGUAAUUUAAUGGACUACUAUGGCAUAAAAACGGAGGCUGAAAUACUUAGUGGUGGCAUCAUGAAGACAUCAAAAACUUUUGAUCGCAGAAAAGAUGCUGAGGCCAUUAGUAUUGCUGUGAGGGCCUUGAGGAAGGAAGCAAGGACCUGGUUCAAGAGGCGUAAUGAUAUAGAUGACAUGUUACCAAAGGCUUCGGCUUGGUACCACGUUACAUAUCAUCCUACAUAUUGGGGUUGCUACAAUCAGGGGUUGAAAAGAGAUCAUUUCAUUAGCUUUCCCUGGUGUGUUUAUGACCAGCUAAUCCAGAUUAAGAAGGAGAAAGCACUUAACAGGCCAGUUCUCAAUUUGUCAUCUCUCAGGGCUCAGCUGAGUCACAAAUUAGUGUUGAAAUGAGAUUUCAGUCAAGCGUUAAGCUGAUAUAUAUAUAUAUAUAUAAAUGUAAUAGGGGUGUGAUCAUAAGAAAACUGCUAUGCGUUGUUAACAACCUUUUGUAUUCAAAACUGCAUGAACCUGUAACAUAUAUGCAGUAUCUUAGAAACUGCUGUACAGCUAAGUACUAAUAUGUAUGUGGUUUGAGUUUUAUCUCUCUUCUCAACAUAGUUCAUAUUAUGCUUUUUA